AUGUUCAAUUUCAAGGCGCAUCUUGUCGCGCUCAGCUUGGUGGUCGCCUUGGGGACGGCGGAUCCGACGGGCUUGGGCUUCGGAGAGGUCGACGUCGUCUUUCCACGCAACGACACCUUUGAGCUUAUGCCGCUCAUGCCCAUCGUCUUUGCCGUCCAGAACCCCGCAGCUAUCGGGCAGGUGUAUCCGACCUUGGAGUACAUGGUGUCUUCGCUGGAUACGCCAAGCGAGGAUAAGAUCCACUGGGCGCAGCUCCCCAUCAGGCGUUUGCCCGCCAACGAGACAACGACGACGUUCCUUCACGAUGGCCUCGCUAAUCGACUGAACACUGAAAACAUGUGGGAAUUCGCUUGGACGAUGAGGUGGACGAACUGCUCCACGUCGGACAACGGUACCGCUUUUGACGAUGACCACGGGCUCGAUGACCAGGAUGGCUUCCACAGGAGAACAUCUUCGCCCUAUCAGAGCUUCAUCUUUACCACUGCUAAAGGGGGCCGUCAACCCAAUCUCACCGCCAUCAGCAUCGGCGACGACUGUGGCAGGACCCAGGCUCUUGCCUUCAACGUUACGCAGACCCUGAAAGUCCCCACAGGGCCCCUGAGGGGCGACGGAGUCUCGUCGUGCGCCCUCCUCGCAAGUCCGGCGCCCACUCCCCGUCCUUGCAAGGUCAGCGUGGCGCCUGAAGCUGCCUCGAGUAUUUCAUCGACCCUCACCCACGCCGAAUGCUACGCAGCGACCCCUGCCGUCAGCUGCCCACCCAAAUCCGACGGGGCUGCCGUCCAUGGCCCGAGUGCUCAGGUGGCGUGGUGGACCGCCAGCUCUGCCUGGCUCAUUUACAACAUUUUCCGUUAG